CCGCUGGUGGAGGCGUGCUCCUCUGGCCUGGUCGAUGCCCUGGCCGACGCGCCCGCCCAGCCCCCGGACGACCCCGCGGCUCUCGAGGUGCUCGUCCGGUGCCGCCUGGGUCUCGCCGUCGUCGCCGCGCUGGAGGCGCUGCUUCGGCGCGCCGUCGUGGAGGAGGCGAGCGGCGCGGUGGUGGUAGACCGCCUGGCCGUGUGGAGGCUGCACGAGGCCAGGGCGCUCUGCCUGGUGCAGCAGCUGCACGACGCCGUCGGGCGCCUGCCGCUGCAGGCCGCGCCCUGGCUGCAGCGCGCCCGCGAGUGCUUCGCUCAGCUGCGGGGGCACCUGGCGUCCCGCGGCCUGGCCUGGGACCCGGACGCGCCGCGGCUGAAGCGGGCCCUGCUGCCCCUGACCGACUCGCUCACGGCGGGCGGCCUCCGGCCGCCGCUCACCGACGGCCCGGAGUUCUUCCUCGAGCGGCUGGUGGGCGCGCUCGCCGCGGGCCGGCCCGGGCCCGCCCCGUGCGCGGCCGCCGCCGGGCUCCCCGAGCUGGCGGGCCUCCUGGCGUGCUCGCUCAUCCGCAGGCGCCGCGCGCCGCCGGGGCCCGCCCUGCGCGGAGAGGCGUCCUCGGCGGCGAGCGUCAG